CCGUGGCAUUUAAACACGAUUUAAACUUGUGCUGCUUGAAGCGUUUCGGAGCAGCCGCUCCUUCAGCCGUCGGCAUUUUCAAACCGUGUCUCCUCUCCGACAGAGAAGGAGAUGAGCGGGACCGGUGACGACAUCAAGCCGGUGGACUGCACCAUCAAACCUCCCGUCUACCUACAGAUCGGAGACACCAAAUCAGCAGCAGCUCACUCUGGAGUUUGUGUCGUGGAUGUCGCCCUCCCGUUUGGAAAACCUGUCAAUAUUGAGGAGAUCACCUUUAAGAACUACUACACCGCCUACCUGACCGUGCGCCUGCUGAGGAGGAGCCCCGGACACGAGGCCGCCGCCAAGUGGAGCACCGCUCUGAGAGACCUCCCUCUGAUGGACAACCCACACACUGAGGGAGGCUCGCAGGACUACUGCUCCAUCCACAGGACACAGAUGCAGGUGGAGCCGGAUCACGUGGUGUCGGUGAGACUGAUCCUGAGACAGCCGUCCUCCGCCUGGCUCACCUUCAGCCUGGAAGACAUCAAAAUAUUCCCUCACAUGGAGCCGCUCUUCACCUCCUCUCCCAUCUGUAAUGGUAAUGCAAUGUUCUCUGUUCAGCUCAUCAGCAUCGGCGAGAGCAGCGCCCUCACUGGAGCUCCUUCCCUCCUUCCCUGA